AUGUUGGAUAGGCAGCUGAGCUCUGCUGGUUGCUCCACAUCGUGCUCCGCACAACAGCGGCCCUACAGAGGUUCGUAUUCUCCCGAAAGGGAAUCAUCUCGCGGAACUGGACAAGCCCAUCGGCCUUUGGGUUCCGUUGUAGCCAGCGCGACAACGGCGUCUCCGCCGUUGUCUCGCCAUAACGGACUUCACUCUUUGCACCCCGAUCUCAGCACAAGCAUUCCCGAUGCUAUCCCCAGCCUGGAGCAACUUGAGGACCUUCGCACCCGGGCCAUUAAGGCUUCACAGGCGAGGGCGGGGACUCUUAUACGGGGCGCGGCUUCAGUUCGCGGUGCCAAAAGCGAGGGCACCAAAAGCAGCAGCUGCGGCCGGCCGUCCCGGGCGGGAGCUUCGGCGGCACAGAGCCGCAAAAUCGCCUCUGGCUCAAAGCGCCCGGCCUCUCAUUCGUUAACCAAACCGCCGCCUGCGUACCGCACAAUGGCGAUCAAGAGCGAACGGAACUGGCGGCAGCUGCCGGGCCUGCUUGCGGAGAUGGCGCCGGCAGGCCGGCUGGACGCAUUCACUGCCUCGACCUUCCUGACGCACCUAGCGCAGCUGGUAGCCAAGUCCCCGCCGGUAUCGCGAACAGACCUGGCGGCUAUUGAGCACAUGCAGACGGUCUUGUUGGGUUCUGUGGAGGCCUGGAUGCACGAGUACCGAGCUCGGCAGAUAUCCAACAUGACCUGGGCGCUGGCUCGCCUGGGGCUGCCGUCCGGAGCUGCUUUCGUGCGGGAGCACCUGCUGGCCGCCAGCUACCCGCUGCUGCCCUGGUACGAGCCCCAGCACCUAUCGAACACCUUAUGGGCGCUGGCUACCAUUGGCGUGGCGCCCGACGAUGAGUGGCUGGAGGAGUACCUCACGGCGGCGUUCGUCGCGUUGCAAAAGAGAGCGCUGGCGCCGCAGCACCUCGCCAACGUGCUGUGGGCACUGGAGCGUAUGGGGGUCAUGCCGGAUCAGGAGUGGAUGGCGGCAUAUUACGACUGCGUGCAGGCUGCUGCGCCGGUUGCCAACCCGCAGGACUGCAGCAACAUCCUAUCCUGCCUGGCGCUCAUGCGCAUGCACCAGCAGCAGCCCGCCGCCACCUUGACAUUGACGGACCACCUAGCGCAACGUUUGCAGGCGUUGCUGUCAGGCAGCAAUGGCACAGCGUCUGCCGUGUCAGCGGCGGUCACGCCGGCGGCAGCGGCGGAUGCCGCUGUGCUGACACCCACGCCGGCACACAGCGCCGGCGGCCGCCUGCCGGAACCUGCCGGUGCCGCUGUCGACGUCAGCGAUCAGGCCAUUGCCAACAGCCUUUGGGCGCUCGCGAUUAUGGGCGUCCAGCCCUCGGGGAGCUUAUGGGAUGCGAUCAUGGCGGCGCUGCGGCAGCGCCUGGCAGAUCCGACGCGGCUAGCUCCGGGCAUGCACCCCGUGGCGUUGACGAUUAUUCUCUGGGCCAGCUCGACGCUGGGUCGACUAGUGCCGACAGCGGUGACGGGCUUGAUAUACGGCCGGGUGCGGGCGCCGCAGAUGGACGCCAUGGAGCCUCGUAGCUUGGCGACCAUGGUAUGGGCGCUUGCCACUGCGCCCCGGGAGCAGGCUCGGCCCCCUCCUGACUGGGUGGCGGAUGUCGUGGCGGUCUCGGGGCGCUCUCUGGCGCCCAUGGGGGCUCAGGCUGUCAGCAACUUGCUGUACGGACUGUGCCAGCUCGGUGCGCGGCCGCCACCCGCCUGGAUGUCUGCCGUCAUCAACCACUUCCAUCGCAACCUAGGACUUGAGGCCAGCGGUCAGUCGUUGAGCAACGUGCUUUGGUGCCUGGCCAAGAUGGGCUACCGCCUCAACGUGGAGGGCAUGGACAUCCUCUUCGGCCUCGUGCGCAGCCAGCUGGCGGCUUGGCGGGAACAUAGCACGCAGCAACAACAGCAGCAGCAGCAGCAGCACGGCCGCAAGCAACAGCAGCUGCAGGCGUUGUCGCCGCCGCCCUUUAACUCGCAAGAGAUUUCCAACGUGCUAUACGCGAUUGCCAGCAUGGGUUAUGAGAUCGAUCCCGAGGGGGAGCUGGCGGAGCUGCUGCUCGACGCUGUGCACUUCAGGCUGGGCGAGGCGAAUGCACAGGAGCUGAGCAAUGUGAUGUGGUGCCUGGCGGUCCUGCAGAUCCGUCCCUCGCAGCCGUGGCUUGAUGACUAUUUCACAGCUGCACACUCUCGCUUGCCUACCUUCAAGCCGGUCGACCUCGCUCAGUCCCUGUACGGCGUUGCCAAGCUACGACUCCCCCUUCAGCCCCUUCCUGAGCUAUCCAGAAGCGUAGUGGUGCGCAGCCCGAAGUGCAGCGCACCACUCACAGCUACUGUUGCUUCUGUUGAUACGCGCGCUGUAGUCGAGGUGCCGGCUUACUCCGAAACCACGUCCACUGCUACGGCCUCGUCCACGUCUGCGGCAACUAGCUGGGCGGCCGCGGCCCUGGACGCGGCGCCGCAGCUGAUCGCGUCCGCGAACGCCCAGGACCUGUGCAACUUAUCUUGGGCGUUGGUGCAGCUGCGGGUGCCUGUGCAGCCCGACUCGGCCCUGGUGGCGGCCUUCACCGCCCGGCUGGUGGCGCUGGCGGGCAGCUGUGACCCGUCGCAGUUAGCGCUGGGCGUGUGGGCGCUGGGAAAGUGGCGCGCGCGGCCGAGCAAGACGCACAUGGAGCGACUGGAGCUGGCAACGUUCCGACAGGUUCCGUCCAUGCGGCCUCACGAGCUAGCCGCCAUGCUGAGCGGCUUCACCGGCAUGGGCCACACGGCGCCCGCGGAGUGGCUGUCGGACGCCAUACAGCAGGUGGCGGCACGCAGCAGGGAGUUCGGGCCGCAGGAGUGGACGAUGGUGGUGUACGCGCUGGCACGCAUCCAAAAUGACACCUCGCUUACGGAGAUGGUGUUGCGGCUGCUGCCCAAACUCGACCGCCUGCCGCUGCCCUCGCUCAUUCUCAUCUCCUACUCCUGCGGCUGUAUGGGCCCCAGCCCCAUGGGACGGCAGCUAGUCAGUCGCUGCCUGGCUUUGCUCGCCGCGGGAGGAGCUGCGUCUCCUGCAGGCGACCGCGUCACGGCUGCGACACCGGGAGAGGCGACGAGAAGACCGCGUGGCAGUAGCACGGGCCGGGGGUUUGGGGCUGCGGUCACAAGAGCGCCGGUGGUGGCGUCGGCCGACGGUACCGCGACGGUCCAACCGCAGCGGAGCGCCGGCAGCGGGGCGGCAGCGGCGGCGGCGGCGCCAGAUGCGGGUCUGGCAGCGCGGCCCGUGGCGGUGUCGUCGCUGACCCCUGCAGAGCUGAGUGCGCUGCUGUGGUCGGCCGUCCGUGUGGGCGUCAAGGUGAUGCCGCGGGACUUCCUCGACCAGUUCUUCAGUUGCACGGAACCGCUGCUUGAGGAGCUGCCCGCCAGCCUGUUGGCCGCCUACCUGUGGGCGGGCGGCCGGCUGAAGAUGUGGCUGCCGUCCAGGUGGCGGCAGCUGCUGUUGAGGCGUGUAGAGGCACAACUCUCGGAGAUGCGCACCCGGGAACUGGCCAUGUGCAUGGCGGGGCUGCUGUGGCUGAGGAUGUGGCCCACGGGCUCGCUGUUGCGGAAGCUGCGCGGCUGCUACGAGGCCCAGCGCGACGAGAUGCCGGAGCGUGUACGGAAACACGCCGACACAGCACUGGCAGUCCUGACCAAGCGGCUUGCACUGGCGCAGUACCGGGAGCGCAAGUAUGGCUGCAGCCGGACCACGCGGCUGCGCUGGCUGGCCCGCGUGUGGCGAGGGAACUUGCAGGCUGUCGCUGAGGGAAACACCGGGUACCAGGGCAGUCGCGCGGCAGCGGCACCACCUGCGGGCUACGUGUCCCGGCGCCGUGCGCUGCAGCUGGGCGUACUGAGGAGGUCAGCCCAGCGCGGCAAAGGCACCGGCCUGGCUGAUAAGAGCGCGAGUGGGCAGCCGGCAGGAGAGAAGUAG